AUGAUAUAUGAGACCGUAGCUGAUCUCACCGCAUGCGGGGGAUAUAAGUAUGUGCUCGGACCCUGCCUUCUUAUUCUUCUUCCUAUACUCUAUACUCUAUACUCUAUACUAUACUCCAAGUAUAAAUCUAUCAAAAUGACCCCCAAAGUCCUCGUCGUCCUCACCUCCCACGACAAGCUCGGAGACACCGGCCACCCCACCGGCUGGUAUCUGCCUGAAUUCGCCCACCCCCAUGAAGUCCUCCACAACAAGGUCUCUCUAACCAUCGCCUCCCCCAAGGGAGGCGAAGCCCCCCUGGACCCCUCCUCCGUCAAAAUGUUUGAAGCAGACCCCACAUCCCAGACCUUCCUGAAAGAGCAAAAAGCCCUGUGGACAAACACCCACAAGCUGGCAGACAUUGUACCCCGCGCCGCUGAAUUCGAUGCCAUUUUCUACGUCGGCGGUCACGGACCCAUGUUCGACCUAACAACCGACCCCACCUCUCUAUCUCUAAUCCAAACCUUCGCAGCAGCAAACAAGCCCGUCGCAGCCGUCUGCCAUGGUCCCUGUGUCCUCCUCAAUGCCACUGCUCCCUCCGGCGAGCCACUGAUUUCCGGCGCGGAGGUCACUGGAUUCUCGAACGAGGAGGAAGAUGCAGUCCAGCUUUCUUCUGCUAUGCCUUUCUUGCUUGAGACAGAGCUCGGUCGUAUCUCCGGGAAGUAUGUUAAGGCUGAGCAGGCCUGGGGUGAGAAGGUUGUUGUUGCCAAGGCUGCUGGUACGGGCUCUGUGCUGAUCACUGGUCAGAACCCUGCUUCUGCUGCUGGGGUUGGGAAGGCGAUUUUGGAGGCUUUGGGACUUUAA